UCGACAAGAAGGGCAGACCCAGAUGGCGUCUGCUGCAGGGGCUUGUUUGAGUCCGACACAGGACAAAAGGAACCACUCAAUUGAACAAAUUUUCUUUGUCAAAUGAUCCAAGAAGAGAGAUGGUGACCAAUCGGGAUGUGUUGUCAGCAGGUUUACCUAGGAACACAACAGGAGCAUCUUUUUGGUAUGAAAGAGGAGCCCCUACGUCACCGACACUCAACUGUGUGCAAACUAAUGCACGCUAAGGUUGUUCUUCACAGACUAGAAGAUCAAAAUGUCAGCCAAGCCCAUUAUUCUGAGCACCAGGAGUCACCAGCAGGCAUCAAGGAGGAGGAGGAGGAAGGGUCGCCAUCCAUCAAGGAAGAGGAAGAUUUCUUACACAUUAAAGGUUUCAGAAAAUAUCUUGGUGCUGAGCGGCAGGAGCCACAAUAUCCUGGCAUUAAAGAGGAUGUGGAGCUCCCCCAAAUCAAAGAGGAGGAGCCAGACCCCUGUCAACAGAAGCAACUUCCAAUCAAAAAGGAGGAGGAAGAGCUGCCAUAUGUUAAAGAAGAGGAAGAGGAGGAACAUAUCACCAGGUCGAUUGGUGAGCCUUUGAAGAGUGAAGACUGUCCGAGUGAGGUAGGCAGAAGAACGGAGCCUCCAAGCAGCAGCAGCAGCAGCAGCUCAACAGAAGAAUUGCAAGCAGACAUUGUCAUUGCUCCGUCAGACAAAAAUGGCGCCACGUCACACUCCCCUUACGAUGAUGAGGGUCAUAAGAAAUCUCACAGUGACGACAAACUCUGUAAAUGCUCUCAGUGUGGGAAAACGUUUGCAAAUAAGUAUACUUGUCGUGCGCAUAUGAGGAGGCACACUGGCGAAAAACCUUUUUCCUGCUCCGUUUGUGGUCAAAGAUUCACUGAAAAACAAAACUUAAAAACACACACAAGAACCCACACUGGCGAAAAACCUUUUGUCUGCUCUGUUUGUGGUCAAGGAUUCUCUCAAAAGCAAAACUUAAAAGGACACACAAGAAUCCACACUGGCGAAAAACCUUUUUCUUGCUCAGUUUGUGGUCAAAGAUUCAGUCGAAAGCAAGAGGGGAAAAUACACACAAGAACCCACACUGGCGAAAACCCUUUUACCUGCUCAGUUUGUGGUAAAAGAUUCACUGACAAAAAAAGCUUAAAAAGACACACAAGAACCCACACUGGCGAAAAACCUUUUUCCUGCUCAGUUUGUGGUCAUAAAUUCACUCAGAAGGGCAACUUAAACACACACACAAGAACCCACACUGGCGAAAAACCUUUUUCCUGCUCAGUUUGUGGUCAUAAAUUCACUCAGAAGGGCAACUUAAACACACACACAAGAAUCCACACUGGCGAAAAACCUUUUUCUUGCUCAGUUUGUGGUCAAAGAUUCAGUCGAAAGCAAGAGGGGAAAAUACACACAAGAACCCACACUGGCGAAAAACCUUUUACCUGCUCAGUUUGUGGUAAAAGAUUCACUGACAAAAAAAGCUUAAAAAGACACACAAGAACUCACACUGGCGAAAAACCUUUUCCUGCUCAGCUUGUGGUCAAAGAUUCACCGGGGAAAAAAACUUAGAAACACACAGAAGUACCCACACUGGCGAAAAACCUUUUUUCUGCUCAGUUUGUAGUCAAAUAUUCAAUCGAAAGUAUAACUUAAAAAUACACAUUAGAACCCACACUGGUGAAAAACCUUUUUCCUACUAAGUUUGUGGUCAAAGAUUCACUGAAAAACAAAACUUAAAAACACACACAAGAGCCCACACUGGUGAAAAACCAUUUUCUUGCGUCGUUUGUGUUCAAAGAUUCGCCUGGAAGGUUCGGAUGAAGAGACACGUGUGUGUCGAUGUGAGAAGCAGUGACCAAUGACUGUUUUGCUUGUCAUCCAUUCUGGCUUCAUCAGAUGUUUUGCAUGCAGGAUGAUUGUAUUCCGUAGAGCUUCCUUAAAUCCUGUGCCUUUCCCUUGGUUCUCUCGCCGACUCGGUUCGGGCCUAUUUUUGUUUGUAUUUUUUCUCGGGUGUUUU